CAGACCCGGUGGUGGUUCCUGUGGAGUCUGAGGAGGAGAAAGCUGAACAUUCAGACCCUGAGAAGGAAGAAGAUGUCGGGAUCACCUUCAUAGCUCGUAAGGUGGAGACUCCCAAACAAAGACCUCGAUCAGUCCCAGCAGCUCUGGAUGAUGGCGGUCAGAGUUCACCAGCAGUGGACCCCCCCUCCCACCUCCCAUGGAAAGUGACCAGCGUAGGCUCUCCUCCUCCAUGUGUGUCCAUGGAGGCCACUAAGAUCAUCCCUGUGGACCUCCAGCAGGCCUGGAACCAGAGCAUCUCGUCCCUGGAGAGCAUCUCCUCCCCCCCGGCCCACUCCGAGCCGGUCCACCCCCGAGUCAUCGCCCUGUCCAGACUGGGGGGGUCCCGUCCGGCCUCCUACACGCCACCGGGCAGCACCUCCGCCAUCGGAGCUCAGGUGGUACAGGGCUCCUUCUGCUUCCCGGAGAAGAAGAAGAAGGAGGAGGAGGAGGAGGAGGAGGAGGAGGAGGAGGAGGAGGAGGAGGGAGGAAGAGCGCUGCAGGAGAUGCAGCCUCUCAUGUCAUCUCCGAGGACAACCGGCACCCUAAUGGCUCCGCCAUCACCGCCGCCACCGCCACCAGGCUCUGCCCCCCUUCUCUCGGGGAGGAGGAGGAACCCUUGUGUCUACCUGAGGAGUCUGGUGACCGCACCUCCUUCUCCUGGUAGUGAGAUGCACAGCAGAGGACCCACCCAGCUGUGACCAGCUACACACACACACAUACAUAUAUAGACACAUGUACACACACGCACGCACGCACAUAUAUACACACACAGAGACAGCGGUCUCACCGUCCAAUAGGAAAGCAGCUCCUCUCAGCUCUUCAUGUCUGUCGUCUCGACUGUCGUUCACCAUAAAGUGUCCCAUGUGAUUAUUAUUAUUGUUAUUAUUAUUAUUAUUAUUAUUAAUAUUAUUACUAUUAUUGUUAUUAUUAUUAUUGUAAAGAUUAAUACUCUGUAAUCGAUCAUCAUUGGUGGGUCUCAUUUAAAUGUUUUACAGACAGGAAGUCUUUGUCAUUUGUGAUUCCAGCUGAUGUUGUGAUGUCAGAGCUGUUUAAAGCCUCAUUUGUUUUGUCUUCAUGUAAACAUGAAUAUAUAUAAAUAUAUAUAUAUAUAUAUAUUUCUGGUGUCAC